AUGAACCAGGCCUUCUGGAAAACCUACAAGUCCAAAGUGUUGCAGACUCUGAGUGGGGAGUCUGAGGAGGAUCUGGCAGAAGAGACGGGGAACCCAGCCUUAGCGGAGUCUGAAGUGGCACAGCCAAGUGAGGAGGCCUUCAACGCCGUGUCGCAGCUGGCCCGCCGGGUCCAGGGCGUAGGGGUGAAAGGCUGGCUGACCAUGUCAUCUCUGUUUAACAAAGAAGAUGAAGACAAGCUGCUGCCACCAGAGCCCCCAGCUGACCACCCGCUGGCGGCGCAGCCCCCCUCGCAGGCGGCGGAGCCCCGCGGGCCGGGAUUCUGGGACGCGUUCGCUAGCAGGUGGCAGCAGCAGCAGGCGGCCGCGGCGUCCAUGCUGCGCGGCGCUGAGCCCGCCUCGGAGCCGGACCCAGACGCGGGGGACGAGACCGCGGAGGAAGCCGCCGAGCGCUCGGAGCCGCGGGACGCCGACCCUGCGGCCGGCUUCAAGUGGGGCUUCCUCACCCACAAACUGGCCGAGAUGAGAGUGAAGGCCGCGCCCAAGAACGACUAG